ACGUCCUUGGACGACCUUGAGAGAUGGAUUUUUGGCCGGAGUUUAUGGCGACCAGCUGGGGAAGAGAGUUCGUCGCCGGUGGUUUCGGAGGCGUCGCCGGAAUCAUCUCCGGUUACCCCUUGGACACCCUGAGGAUCCGCCAGCAACAUAGCUCCAAUUCCGGAUCUGCCUUCACCAUUCUCCGCCGUAUGCUCGCCGUUGAGGGUCCCUCCUCCCUCUACAGAGGCAUGGCUGCCCCCUUGGCCUCCGUCACUUUUCAGAAUGCUAUGGUAUUCCAGAUUUACGCCAUUCUAUCUCGCUCCUUUGAUUCCUCUCUUCCUCUGGAAGAACCUCCUUCCUACACAGGUGUUGCUCUUGGAGGGGUCGGCACCGGUGCUAUGCAGAGCCUCUUGCUCACCCCUGUCGAGCUCAUCAAGAUUCGUCUCCAGCUACAACAACACACCACCAGAACCAACUCUGGUGGUGGUCCCGUCAGCUUGGCCAAGACCAUCCUUAGGACCCAAGGUCUUAGGGGGAUUUACAAAGGCCUCACCAUCACUGUCCUCAGAGAUGCUCCCGCUCAUGGCCUCUACUUCUGGACCUACGAGUACGUCAGAGAAAGGCUUCAUCCCGGCUGCAGAAAGACUGGUGAAGAAAACCUCACCACCAUGUUGGUCGCAGGUGGCCUUGCUGGUGUUGCCAGCUGGGUCGCUUGCUAUCCCCUUGAUGUCGUCAAGACCAGACUCCAACAAGGCCACGGGGGUUACGACGGCAUUGCUGAUUGUUUUCGCAAGAGCGUUAAACAGGAAGGCUAUAGGGUUCUCUGGCGUGGCCUCGGGACUGCUGUUGCCAGGGCCUUCGUCGUCAACGGUGCUAUUUUUGCUGCUUAUGAGGUUGCUCUGAGGUGUUUAUUCAGUCAGUUGACACCCGCUUAUGUUGUCACAGGAAAGUGACUAUACUUUCAUGGACCUGUGAAUGUAGUUAAAUAUUAUUAGUUCAGAAAUCACAGCGACAUUCAAAAAUUAUUACAAACCCAAAAGAAAACAGAUGAAAUGAAAUUCUAUAUGCUCUUCUC